GAGCACCCCGUGCCGGCUAAAAGUGAGCUCCCUGGCGUCGUGGAGCACACUUCGCAGAGGCCGGUUGAUACCAAUGAAGCUGAGGCGACAGUCGCGGACGAACUGGAGGGUGCCCAACGGGAGGAUAAAGGCCUGCCAGAGAUGCUACAACAUGAGGAAGAGACGCAGCUCGACGACACGGGGAUCAUGCAGUCGACGGGGAUUCAGGCGAUUGACUUCAAGGACUAUGAGUGCCUGUAUGCCAGGUGGAGAGCAGGCCGCAUCUCGGAAGGAGAAGUCGUGGCGAUAGGCGGGCAAGUCCUCAUGGAGCUAAUGGAGGCCCAGUCGAUCCUGGACGAAGAGGCCUUAGAGGACACCCAGCAGCUGUUGGGCAGUGCGAUGGUCCCUACGAGCACUACCUCUAGCACUACAGUGGUGGUGGUUGAGAAUGACCUGCAGCGGCACAUGCUGAACGGCGAGCUCUAUGUGACGUACGAACAGUUUGCCGAGUAUGCUGAAGCUCGGCUGGGGGAGCUGACCGGUCGUGCUAUGGGCAGUGAUGAGAGUGAUGAGGACUAA